GACCACACAACAAGCCUAGCUAGCUCCACUAGACUGUCGAUACAAAUUAGCUAGGAGACAAUCAAUGGCUACUCCAGUUACAUUCCGAGAUGCCCUAUUCGCGGUGCUGCCAGUUCUGGCACUUGUUGUAUGCCCCGUUUCCUGCUAUGGGAAUCCGAGGUCCACGUCUCUCCGGAACCACACUAGCAGCCGGUACACCACCUCAACGCCAGCCAGAGCCGCCGGCGGAUGGUCCUCGGGCGGCGCGACGUGGUACGGGAGCCCUUACGGCGCCGGCAGCGACGGCGGUGCGUGCGGCUAUCAAGGUACCGUCAGCCAGCGCCCGUUCUCGUCGAUGAUAGCCGCCGGCGGUCCUUCCCUUUUCAAGAACGGCAAUGGCUGCGGCGCAUGCUAUCAGAUCAAGUGCACCGGCAACAAAGCCUGCUCCGGGUGGCCGGUGACUGUCACUAUCACCGACUCCUGCCCCGGUGGGGUCUGCCUCGCCCAGGCGGCGCACUUUGACAUGAGCGGCACGGCCUUCGGCGCCAUGGCCAACCGCGGCAUGGCCGACCGCCUCCGCGCCGCCGGAACCCUCAAGAUCCAAUACAAGAGGGUGCCGUGCAACUACAAUGGCAUGGGAAUCGCCUUCAAGGUGGACCGGGGCUCAAACCCGUUCUACCUCGCCGUGCUCAUCCAGUACCAGAACGGCGACGGGGACCUCGCCGCGGUGCACAUCAUGCAGCAGGGCCAGGGCGGCGCGUGGACGCCGAUGCAGCACUCGUGGGGCGCCAUGUGGCGCGCCAACACCGGCAAGCCGCUGCGCGCCCCGUUCUCGGCCCGACUCGUCUCGGGCUCCGGCAAGGUGCUCGUCGUCGGGAACGCGAUCCCCGCCGGUUGGCGCGCGGGUAUGACGUACUGGUCCAAGCUGAACUACGCCACCUAAGCCAUUAUUUGUGUAGAGUGAUUAGGCCAAUGCUGCGGCAAUUUUCAAAAGUAUGUAUAAUUCCGGACGCUAGUUCCGUGUAAUAGCCAGUAUGUAUAAGGGUUUUUUAAAUUCGUGUCCUCAAUUUUGUUGGUGUGCUCACCUAUAAUGUAUGGCCAUUCGCACUUUCUUA